AUGGCGACUGCUCCAGAAGAUAGAGAUCCAGUCUGUCCUAUUUGUUUUGACAGUUUCACGAAACCUAAAAUGGUGGAUUGUGGCCAUUCUUACUGUUUGGCUUGCUUAAAGAAAUAUGUUGGCGAAGACGAUGUAGAAUUUUUUGAAUGUGCUAUGUGUCGUGAACAAAUCAAAAUGCCGGAUGGUGGUAUAGAAACAUUUCCUACUAAUUACGCUUUAGAAAAAUCAGCCCCGGUGGCUACAAUCGGAUCAAAAUGCCAGAAUCAUGUUAAGAAAGAUGUAGAGUGUUAUUGUAGAAAAUGUGACUCGGCAAUGUGUUAUAAAUGUCUUCAUCUAUAUCAUAACGACCAUGAUAGUUUCGAUUUAGAAAGUGAAGCUGUUCGGGUUGAAGUCAAUGAAGAAUUCUUUGAAAUUGAGGGCAACAUUCGUGGAUUUAUAGAUAAUUCAAAAACUGUUUCGAAAACUUUGUGUAGCACUCUCACAACAUAUAGCCACGAUGAAUGUAAGAAAGUGGACGAAUUCAAGAUGAAGGCUAUUGCAGAAAUAGAACAAAAGGCAGAGAGAGCAAAAACAUUAAUCAGACACAAAUGUGGAGAAAGUAUAUCAGAAAUGGAGGAAAAAGAAGACGAACUAAAGAAAAAGGCUGAAGAUGUUGAGUUGGAGUUGACGAUCGUCUUGUCCUCUACUCCCAAUGAGUCACUUCUGAGUCGUGUACAAGUUUUACCAAAACUAAAACAACUCCGAAUCAAACUGAAAGAAUCAGAGAUGACGCUACCCAAGGUGGAGGUGUUAGAAUGGAUACCAGGAAUAAUUCAGGUUCCUGAUAUUCUCGGUAUUCUACAGACCAAGCCAUUACUCUUCCCACUUCCGCCUAAUUUACCAUUUAUAAAUACAGAAGAUCCUGGUGAUGAGUUGCAGAGUGAAAGUUCAGUAGAUGGCGCUCAGUUAGAAAGAUCGGAAGAUGGCGCUAAGGAUCAAGACAUACCAUUUUCUUACAUUUUUAAUUUUGAUAUUGAAAAAUGGAAUGAUGAAGAAUAUUAUUUCAGCAAAGAUGUGUUUUAUGUCACCGCCUUUACGAGGUUGGUAUGGAGGUGUUUCUGUAGCUUUCAUCAAGACGAAUCGAUUGGUGUGUAUGUAACUCUGGUAGAAGAGGAUAACAAAGAACUUGACCAUUGUGUUAUAGACUACAGAUUGUCCGUAUUUCUGCCGGACAGAGAUGAUAUUGUUUUGUUUGAUCAAGAAGAAAAUGCAAGAUUUUACACUAACCUAUCAAAAGGUAAUUUUCUUGGUAGUUUUGACGAACAGUUUCAAAUUCAAUUCGAUAUUAUUAGAAUCAAAGAAGUGGUUAAUAAGGUCUAA